AUGCAGCCAAUGCAUAUCAUCGUUCCAUGGUAUGGCGCAAAACCCAUCCUGAAAUACAUGAUCUUGAAUAGAGAGCUCAUCUCUCGAAAAGACUGCUCGUACUCCGAGCCUCGCAGGAAACGGAAGCGAAAGGAUUAUCAAGAGCGAAUAGACUGGCUUGAGUCCAGGCUUGAAGCGAUGGAAUCAUCAAUUACACCGGCCAAUGCAGCCAGCCAGCCAGCGGCCAGUGACGGGACUUACUACAAUGAGAUCCGUGCUCCAGAUUCGCCACUACAGGUUAGGUCGAGUGGCCAGACCGUGCCCUCAGAGAUUGAAAAAUCUAGUCCAGUGUAUCACACCGUGGAUCAUGAGGAAGUUGAGUUCCAGGGACAGUCUGGGGAACGGGCCUUUAUGGAGCUUCUCAAGAAGGAGAUAUGGGACUCGCAGACCGGUGAUAUGACUAGCCGAAGGCUUCCUCUUGGAGUAUCCGUGCCAGGGCUCUUCGAGCUUGGUAGACAAACCGACGAAGUGGAUCCUUUGCCCGAAAGGUGCUUUGCAGACAAGCUCGUGCAGGCAGCCUUCGAUGCUCAAAUAUUACUUAAUAUCAUACAUCGGCCGACGUUUGAAGCUUCUCUCAACUUCAUCUACUCGGUUGAUUUGCAGGACCAUGGUGCCGAAGAAAAGAGAUUCUUAUCCCUCCUUUACGCUGUUCUCGCAUACGGCUGUCUGUUCGUUGAUGCUCGACCGGAAGAAGCUGGGCACGAGAAAGUUGUUUCUUCAGGGUACUUCCAUGCUCAGUUUCACUUGUUUACUCCGCUUUACUCACUUUCAGACAGUGCGAAAUUCUAUGCCAAAAGCAGGCAACUUCAAAAUAUCGCAGACAGCAAAGACAUUACUUCUCUCCAAGCCAUCGUCUUCAUGAAUCUUUUUCUUCUUUCAUCGACGCGAAUCUCGACUUGCUACACAUAUCUGAGUUCCUGUCUGUCUAUUGCCCUACGAAUGGGACUUCAUCGGACUCUCAAAGCGAACCAAGACUUUGUCUCCCAAGAACAGAGUAAACGGUUAUUCUGGGCGCUGAGAUUUCUUGCCAAUGAUGUUGCCGCUUGUUGUGGGUUGCCGAAGCUGCUCAGUGACGAAGACAUUGAUCAAGGACUUCCUAUAGAAGUAAGUGACACGUUCAUUGAAAAGAACCGAAUCGAUCCACAACCUCGGGACCAGAUAUGCUACGCUUCUGGGGCAAACGAGUACAUCCGCCUCUACAUGAUACGAGACAAGGUGUCCAAGUUCAUCUAUGAAACGAGAACCAAGAGCACCAGAAAAGCAAACACGUCGACCCACGUUAUCAACUUGGGAUUCAUACGUGAAAUUGAAGAUGAUCUCGAACGUUGGGUAAGAGGCAUACCCAUUGGGUACCGGCUAGGCACAUAUUUCACUGAAACAAAACUCAUCAGGGCCCAAUUCAUUUUGGCACUGUCAUAUGCUUAUGUUCAACUUUAUCUUUCUCGGCCGUUUUUACAUUAUGCAAUCAGGCGCGACAGGCGACGGUUUCCUUCAGGAAAUGGUUCUCCCUCUGCAACUGCGUCAAUACAAGCUAGCGAAGUUAUUCUCGCGCUGUCUGAGGAUAUGUAUCGACGGGGUCUUCUCAACGGGGAUCUCUGGCCCGUGACACGCAUAAUCUUCAGCGCCAUACUAACCAUUUUGUAUUAUCUCGUUGCUUGUCCAGAAUCAUGUGAAGCCGAAUACGAAGCGGAAUACCUUUUUGGGAGUUUGGUAACAGGGAGGAAGCUCUUAGAUCAUCUUGCAAAGCUCAGCUUCACUGUUAAUCGGUCGAAAAACAUAUUCUUGAUCCUGAUCUCGAGUUUUCCAACGCGCCUCCGAGACCUGCGGGAAAAGAUUUUGCGAAUGGACGGAGAGGUCUUUGAUCCGGUUCGAGCCGAAUUAAGUCCUGAUCAUUACACUGCCUGGCUGGCAUCAGUGGCUUUUUCACUGCGGUCCCAAACCAGUCCUGGUCAGGUCAUCUCAACUUCAGCAGCCGCUGCGUGGAAUCGAGAACAUGCAUUGAAGCAUCAUUCGGAACAAGUCCCAAUCAAAAUGACUACGGCAUCUAGACAGCACGAACCUUCAAAAGACUUGGAUUUCCACCCAACGGCUAUGAGGAAUGAACCAUCUACAUUUAGCCCAGACGUGCACCCGAAUUAUGCACCUGAUCGGAGUUUAGACCCAGCGGGUGACAUGCAGGAAUUCUUGGAAGCUCAUCCAUUUGACUUUCAACAGGACUGCUUAGGUGAAAGCUGGGUUAAUGCACUUAAUGCGAGUGGCUUGUCAGAAGACUUCUCAGACUGGUUCACGAAUUUGGAAAGCAUUGAAGAUUUUUUUCAGCACGGCAGGAUGAGUUCAAGUGGCUAG